GCCUGCCUCGGACCCUCGUUCCUAACCCGAGAUCAUCCAUCUAACGAUCCCCCCCUUCCGUGCUCCACGCCCAGCUGCUGGCUGCUCAUCCAAAGUCUACCGCAGCACACCUCGUAGUUGCUGCCACAUUUCAUCGAGCAUCGACCACAGCAAAUGACACUGACUGGACCGACCGACCCUGGCCUGGAUCAGCUCUCAGUCUCCUCCCCACUUGUCUAAUUCACGUCGAGUUCCCGGAAGAUAGGAGCAGGUGAUUUUAGUUGGUCUGCUCUCCCCUCGCCCUCUGAAUCGCCUUUUCAGGGGGACGAGGUUUCGGGUGCUAAACGGGCUUUUCGUCAGUUUUGCCCCUUCCUUGCUGGAGGAUUAUCGCGUGGGGAGACAGUUCAUUGGUUCCGUGGAUUCUGAACUGAAUUUCGCGGCUGUUCCGUCUUCUGUCGUGGAGAGUGGGCGAAGGUCGAGAGAGAGAGACAAGAGGCAGAGACAAACGAGAGCGUCAAUUGCGGGCUGUUUGCUGUAAGUGAGUCUCGGUGCGUCUGGUUUGGCUGCAUGCAUACGCGGGGCCAUGUCGUAAACUCGGUCGAACUCUCGAAGCCUCCCUGACAAGGAUUUUGCAGAGGAGAAAGGCUCUUUGAGAAUUUUGCGGCGUCUGGACGAGACACUUGUUCUUUGCAAAGAUUGCAGAGCCUUUGCAAGGUCAGUCAGCAGUUUUUCGGCAGGCAGUUCAAGGGACGUGCUCGGUUGCCACUGGUGCUCCACCUUGGCGGUGUCCGGGAUCACAGCAGAUUUGGAUCGUGACAGUAUAAUCGAUCGUGGCGAUUUUUUGGUCAAUGCAGUCUGCUGUCAGAGUGUCUAAAGCUGAACUGAUUGCAGGGACGUCAAGUGGCAAUUAAAGUAAACCCCGUCGGAAUCGAUUUUCAGACAGCGAGGAGCUUUGACUGUGAUUCGAUUGGCAGGUUUUGGGUAGCGCUAGAAGAAAUUUGGGUUGCUCUCAUCAUGUACACUCGGUUGAGAAAGGACGAGGAAGUUAUUUGACGAAGCCGAGAGGAUUUGGUAGAUUCGCAGCUGCAGAGCGUACUGUGAACUCAGAGGUUUAGGACGACAGGUGCUGGUGAAUUACGCACACGCAUAUUAUCAUAUUGAUCGGGUGAUUAGAGGUCCUGCUCUGACAAGUUGAAGCUUCAAAUAUUCCGAUCUGUAAGGGUUCAGUGCGACGGGGCGGAAUCUGGAGGUUUUAAGUGGAAUUACAGGCAGUACUGGAAGGGGAACGCACUUGGAGAAAAGCUGGAACAGCUGUAGCGGCGGCAUGGAUUCGGUCAAGAGGAUGCUAGCUCAGGAGCAAAUGAGCAGGUCGAGGCCGGAGGAUCUACGAAAUUUGCAGCAGCAGCUUGUUGCAGAUGCCUAAACCCGUCCAACAGGAUAAGAGGCCGGAAGCAUUUUAUUGUUUUGUAUCGUCAUCAUUCAACUGAGCACAACUGAGCUCAAGCGACGGUGAGCUUGAGUAUUGCCGGGAACUUUCGUCGGAGGCAGGAUGAAAAUCUUACAGGGACUUACCGUGUCCCUUGUGCUCAUCAACUUGGCGGCCAUACUGGAGAAGGCAGACGAGUCCUUGCUUCCUGCCGUGUACAAGGAAGUAGGUCAGGCUUUCAAUGCCAGUCCUUCUGAGCUUGGAACUUUGACUUUCAUUCGAGCUCUCGUCCAGGCCAUAUCUUCCCCUCUGGCGGGUAUACUGGCAAUGCGGUAUUAUCGACCAUCUGUCAUAGGCAUUGGGACUUUAUUUUGGGGGUUGUCGACUGCCGCUGUUGCUGCCUCACAAACUUUCGUUCACUGCGCUUUGUCUAGAGCAAUCAAUGGUAUCGGACUGGCUAUUGUAAUCCCUGCACUUCAGUCUUACAUAGCAGACAGCUAUCUGGAGGGCACCAGAGGAGUUGCGUUUGGAUGGUUGAACCUUGUUGGGUCUGUGGGUGGAAUCGGUGGCAAUAUGCUAGCAACAAUUAUGGCUGGCAACACGUAUGGGGGAAUAUCUGGUUGGAGAGUAGCCUUCUUGUUGAUGGCUGUGUGCAGUUCACUCAUAGGCUGGCUUGUGCACACCCUAGUGCUUGACCCGAAGAAACCUCCCUCCAAGGUAUUUAAUUCGGUUCGCUCAAUCAGUGGCAGAGAUCGCCACCAUUAUGGUGAAACCAGUGAAGAUGUGCCGUUGGUGGAAAGCCUUUCACGACCUAGUUCAAGUGACUCCUUAUUUCGGAUGCUGGAAGAAGAAACCAUGGUUAAAAAUCUUCAUGGAGCUUGGAGGGAUGCGUGGGUUGCAGUCAGGUCGGUGUUAAAGGUUCGGAGCUUUCAGAUCAUCGUUCUGCAAGGAAUUGUGGGCUCUUUGCCCUGGACUGCUAUGGUCUUCUUCACCAUGUGGCUGGAGCUUAUUGGUUUUGGACACAAAGGAGCUGCCAGCUUGAUGGGCAUUUUCUCGGGAGGUUGCGCUAUUGGUGCUCUAUUCGGGGGCUGGAUGGGAGACAUAGCGGAGAAGAAAUAUCCAGGAUCAGGCCGCAUUAUGUGUGCUCAAUUCAGUUCUUUCAGUGGAAUCCCUUUCUCAUGCAUCCUCCUCCUCGUUUUACCUCAAGAUCCCCAGUACUAUGUGCUGUUUGCUAUAACCUUUUUGUUGAUGGGUUUAUGUGUGAGUUGGUGUCAAGCUUGCGCAAACAAUCCCAUCUUUGCGGACGUGGUGCCGGAGCAAAAUAGGACAAUGAUCUACGCAUUUGAUCGGGCUUUAGAAGGGUCGUUUGCGGCCAUGGCCGCCCCUAUAGUCGGUCUCCUUGCAGAGAAUGUGUUCGGAUACAGAGCACAUCAUGUCAUUGCAGAUUCCGGGUCACCGAUCGAGGCUCAAGCUCUGUCACGAGGAUUGUGCACAGUUAUGGCAAUACCGUUUGGUUUAUGCUGUUUCUGCUACACCUUUUUGUACGGAACCUACCAGAGAGAUAAAGACGAAGCACGGGGCCACAUCCAGUACCCGAAGUUCGACAGCAGUGUCGAUGACCUCACUUCAAUUAAGUUCGUUAGUGACUGAACUCAGUUGCCUCCUGUCAACUGUGAAGGCAUUCCUCGGUAGGUUCCUGGCUUGCUUCAGCAAUAAUGUUUUACCUCGAGAACAUGAAAGAUAUGAUUACGAGAAGCCAUUGAGAGAAGACUUCAGCACUUAUCCGUAAGGAUGCAGUGCCUCAAAUCACUCGGCCUUAGUAAGAGAUGAGCGUGCCUAUAUACUGACAGUUGGCAGAAAAUAUAGUACGUACUCCAUGUCCACUCUCUUGGAGUCCCUGCUUCUAAUCUGGUCAUCCUCAAAUUUUUUUGUUAUCAGGAUGUACAGAUGCAGAGGAGAAUAUUUAGAUUGUACACAUUGUAAAUUCAGUUCAUGUAGGGCAUGCGAACGGCAGAGUAAAUGUUUUGUACAUGAGUUAGAAAUUUGUUGCUGUAGAGUAUCACUACUUCUGCCUGCAUUGCAGAUGAUCUCGACUGAGAGAGAGAAGCCGGAAAUGUAUUGUACUCAGAGGGCUAAACUUCGUCAAUAACAUAGGAUGACAGAGAACACGGGUAGGCAGAUUCAUUCAGUACUCAGAUCUUGCUUGGUGGACUGGACAUCUGCACUACCAACGUUGAGAUAGCACACUUGAACAAUACGCGCUAGGAGGACUACUUUUUGUGACGGAAAUCAGUUGGAAGUUCUUAUGUUGGUUGGAGAUGGGAUGAUCUGUUUUUAAUUCGUGUGUGCGGAUAGAGGUGAAGAUUUUGAGACAG